AUGCUGGCUCAUUCGGACGAUUCCGUCAUCGUGCUUUCGGACGACGAUAGCCCUGCCCCCGCCGCGCGCGCGCCGCGCCCCGACGCCCGAGCCCGCCCGCGCCAGGCCCACUGGCCCGCCGCCCGGACCCUCCGAUCCAGCGGCACAGACGGGCACUGGGACCCGCCCCAAAACACGCCCCGAUCCCGCGGCAACGGCGCCCGGCCGGUCCCCGUCGGCCCGGCGGCCCCCCUGCCGAAAAGAGCCCGGCUUCCCGGCGCGGCGCCGGCGCGGAACGCGCCCGAACACGCGCUUUUUGUGGCGGCUCUGGACCAAAGCGAUCUGGACCGGGACGCGGGCCCGGAGUUGCAAGUCCGCGGCCGGCCGGGGCGGCACGGCGCCGGCGCGAUUGGGCCCCGCGAGGACCGCGGCCCGCGCGUCCGUGGCGGGCCGGCGCAGGCCCGGCAGAACGAGGUGGUGGUGAUUAGCGACAGCGAGGACUCGGGGCAGGAGGGCGGCGCGGGCUCCAGCGGCCGCGGCCUGUUGCCGGGCACACGGCCAAUGGCGCGGCUUGCGCGGCUCGGCGCAGGCGCCAGCAGUGCACGUGACGCGGGUCCCGCCGACCGUUUCUUCAGCUACUCGGACGACGAUUUCGCGGCUGGCGAGGGUUUCAACGAGCCGUCGGACGACGAAAUCGCCAUUCUCUCAAAGGAGGAGGCGGAGCGCGUGGGCACGUUCAAGAAAAGCACAUUUGACGCGCCGGUGCAGCCGGCACCAGGCCCCUACACCCAGCUACCAAACCUCUACAACCAGCCGGUACCCGUGUUCCACGCCGGCGCCGCGGCCGGCGACAGCCCGCUCACCAGCCACGAGGACCGCGUGACCCACGACUACUUCCUGAAGUUCUCCCCAGCAAAACUACACACGUACGCGCACGACCUCGACAAGCAGGUGGGCCGGCUCCAGGAGGAAACCAAGGCGCACUUCGACGACGUGCGCGACACGCGGCGCAAGAUCCUGAUGCUCACGUCCGGCCAGGCCGCGCUCCGCGACACGUACCUCCACCACGUGGCCGAGACGCUUCGCCUCGCGGACUUGCUGCUCCAGCGCCUGAAGAAGGUGCGGCACUACCGCGCGAUCGCCGAGUCGGUCAAGAACGCCAAGCUCGCGCAGCACUUGGCGCCCGUGCGCCUGGGCCCGCGCGGCCUGGCGGGCGCGGACCCCGCCGGGUACGGCGCCAACGUCAACCCCUACAUGCUGCGGCCCGCCAACGGCGACCAGGCACACCUCGAGGAUCUCUUCAAAGACCUCUACCGCGAGGAGAAGGUGGAGGGCAUGGCGCCCACGCCAGCGGCACUCUCCAUCCAGCUCUUGGACCACCAGCGGCGCGGGCUCUUCUGGCUCAUGGAGAAGGAGCGGGCCGCGCAGGGCUGCAUUCUCGCGGACGACAUGGGGCUCGGCAAGACCGUGCAGACGCUCGCGGUGAUGGCCGCGAGCCCGCCCCGCGACCCGGCGUGCCGCACCACCUUGAUCGUGGGGCCCGUGUCCUUGCUCCGCCAGUGGGCCGCCGAGAUCAAGGCCAAGAUCAAGCCGUCGCACGCGUGGCGCGUCGCGUCGUUCCACGGCCAGGACCGCCGCCGCUUGGCCUCUUUCGCGCACUUGGCCGAGCACGACGUCGUCCUCGUCUCCUACACCACGCUCGCGUCGGAGUUCAGGCAGCACUUCCAGCAGGAGAUGGAGGCCGCGCAGGUGACGAAGCACCAGAACGUGCUCCCGCCCCGCGGCUCCGGCGGGCAGACGUACAUGUCGCCCUUCUACUCGACCGACGCCCGCUUCUUCCGCAUCGUCUUGGACGAGGCCCAGUACAUCCGCAACAAGACCUCCCAGGCCUCCAAGGCCACCGCCUGCUUGCGCGGGCGCCACCGCAUGUGCUUGACGGGCACGCCCAUGCAGAACACCAUCGAGGACCUCUACCCCAUCUUGAGGUUUCUCCAAUGCAGGCCCUACGACGAGGAGGCCAAGUUCAAGCAGGACAUUGCCGUCCCGCUCAAGUCCACCAGCGACAACUUCGAUGACUACGACAGAAACGCUUCGAUGAAGAAACUCAGGGCCGUGUUGCUGGCCGUCAUGUUGCGACGGACUAAAGACUCCAAAGUCGACGGCAAGCCCUUGGUGCAGCUCCCCGAGAAAACAGUGACUCCCGUGUACGUGAAGAUGGAGAACGAGGAGCUCGAGUACUACAACGCGCUCGAAAAGGGCAUCCAGAAGAAGGCGCGAAAACUCAUGGUGUCCUCGGAUGGCCAAGGCCAUAGUUCCUUUCUCACUCUACUUCUCCGCUUGCGGCAGGCAUGCAUCCACCAGUUCUUGGUGGAGGUGGGCGAGCUCAACGCGCAAGAAAACUCCGAGUCCUUCCAUGGAACAAACUGGGAACAAAUGUACAACAGGGCCCUCACUAUGAGCGAGAACGUGCAUAAGGUCUUGCGUGACCUCACAAAAAAGGAAACAGACUUGACCUUGAACGGCCUCCCGCAGGAUGAGCGCAAGGAAUUGCAACACACCUGCCCCAUGUGUCUAGACGUCGUUGGAGACGACUCCAUCGUCAUCCUCGCCAAUUGCGGCCACAUGAUCUGCGACGGAUGCGCCAGCACCUUGUUUAUUCUGAAUGGCAUGAUACAAGAGGCGCCCGUGUGUGCGUCGUGUGAGACUUUCACCUCCACGACCGACAUUGUCGACUACACAAUGUAUGACAAGAUCUUCAACAUGAAUUACGACUUCCCAAAGCUACAGCACAUAUGUCCAACACAAAGAAAAUUCUUGAUACAAAGAGACCAAGGCUUCGCGCUCUCGGCCAAGAUGGAAAAGACUUUGGACAUCAUCAAGGAAAUCACAGAUAACACCCUUGACGAAAAAAUCAUUGUGUUUUCGCACUUCACUGUUACAUUCGACCUCAUGGGACAUGCCCUCAAACAGGAUAACAUCAAGUAUUUGAGGUACGACGGAAGCAUGAACAUCGACGACAAAAAUAACACGAUCAACGAGUUCUACCAGGGCGCUCCGCGGGUGUUGCUCAUUUCCUUAAAGGCCGGAAACGUUGGAUUGACGUUGACGUGUGCGUCGCACGUGGUGAUCAUGGACCCGUUCUGGAACCCGUAUGUCGAGGACCAGGCCAUGGACCGGGCACACAGGUUUGGGCAAGAGCGAUCAGUCAAGGUCUAUCGGUUGUUGAUCCGGAACAGUGUCGAAGACAGAAUCAUGGAUCUUCAGGAGAGGAAAAAAGAGUUGAUUGGCUCGGCGCUCGAUGAAAACGCCUUGAAGUCGAGCAGUCAUCUUGGAAGAAGAGAGUUGGGUUACUUGUUUGGCUUGAACAGUCUUCAGUGA